CCCCCUCCGUCUGUGACGUGCCGGGUCGCAGAAGCUGACGGAAGUAGCUCUCGUGUCUCCGUCGUCGCGUCCUCCUUCGGGGUGAACAAUCGCGCGAACGCCACGCGAAAGACGGAAUUUCCCUUAGCAUGGAGUGGGGCAUGUGAAAUUCCGAGGACGCGCACUAGGUUAGUUUGCCCGUCCCGUGAAUUCGUCGAUCAUCAUCGACGGCCGUGAUCGUGGACCUUUCUCCCCUCCCCUCCCCCCUCGAGGACGAUCUGAAAGAGCUUCCGCGGGGGAGUGACGUCCCGACGGCAAGCGACGAGGGUGAAUUCGGUGGCGGUACGCAUCGACCUCGUGCACGGUCCGCGAACCUCGUGUUUUUGUUCCCCGACGGCGUGCGCCGCAAGAUGGCGGCGAAGCUAGCCAGCCAAGGUGGCGCUCGAAGCGGCGGCGAGCGACAGGAGGCGGGGCCCUGUCAGUCCUACGCCAGUGUGCUGAAUCCGAAAGGUGCCUCUCAAAAUCGUGCCAACUCCUUCAAGAGCAACAACAAGGAGAACAUUGACGAUCAGGUGGCGGUGCCUCAGCAGCAACAGCAACACUUGUUGCAACAGCAGCAACAUCAAACGACAACAAAUGCGAAGGAGAAGAUAGUGCCAAAUUUGAAUAGCAAAUCCUAUCAUAGACUCAUUCGGUACUCUCAGACUGUCUCGAACAAUUGUCCGGAGAGACGCGACCAUCACGAGAACUCGUCGUCGAGCAUGCCGGUCGCGCACGUCGACGUCGUUCACCCGUCAUUGGCGUCGUCGUCGCCUGGCGCGUCACGCGAGGACGACGGCCAGAGUAACGCCGAACGGCUCAAUAACGGCAGUAUCGGGAACGACGGUGAAUUUCAGACAGUCGCCACGAAGGGCGCCCGGCGUAAGGAAAAAUUGCGCGAACAGUAUCGCGAGAAUCAUCGGGAGCGUUACCGGCUGCGCGAUAACAACAAUCGCCAUCAGCCAUCACCACGUGGUCCCAAUGGCGUCGGGGGUGGAGGCGCCGGUAGACGCGGCAGCGACGAGAGAUCGCACAGAGAGCGCGCCGACCGCAAUGGCGUCCUCGAUCAUGGCCCGAAGGAAGCCCAUCAUUACAAGGACGAACAGAGCACCGAGUCGGAAGCGCAAUCGGCGUCCCUACCACCACCGCCCGUCAAAUACAUCGAAGCGCCUUUGCCCGCGGUGAACCCCUGGACGAAAAAUCGAACAUCGGCGUCGCAAACCGCAAAGACUCUUCCCUUACAGCAGCAGCAGCAACAGCAACAGCAACCACCCAAUGUCGCAACGUCUACAUGCAUCGAUAAACAGAGCGAGAGGGAAAGGAGAGUGCUGCAGCCGCAGCAACAGCAACAGCAGCAACAGCAACAGGAUACCACAGAAAAUGGUGUCGAAAGUGGUGCCCAGCCUACAAUUGUCAGAGCUCCCAGAGAUAGAAGGAAAUUUAAUCAAAACGCAAGUGAUUUUACGAACAUUGGAGACUGGCCUACUUUAGGAACACAAAUAGAGAGGAAAACAACUGUAACUCCUUUGAAGCAAAAUGGUGUGCUUAAUGGUGAACCAAGUACCUCUAAGACGUGCAACAUUGUCGAAAGCAAAGGCAAGGAGAACAAGGAACAGAUAAACUAUCAAGAUGAUAGCGACGAGCAUAUGGAUAACAAUGAAAAGAAAAGGAAAGCGAAUAAACAAAAAUGGGUCCCGCUUGAGAUAGACUUGGCACAAAAUCGUGGGACUAUGCGAUCACCGAGAUUUCAAAAUCAUAGAGAAAAAAAUGGUGAAGCGAACGAUGGUGAGUAUUGGCGUGAAAGGGAUUACGAUAGAUCAACUGGAUAUAAUUCACGAGGACGCGGUGGAAGAAAUUAUAGAGGUAGAGGACGAGGCGGGCGUGGCCGUGGUGGUUUCAGACACCGAUACGAUCACGAGUAUACAAAUUAUACUACGGACUGUGCACAAGCCCAUAAAUAUGAACAUACGGAUUCUGGAUAUAUGAUACCUUAUAUGGGAACAUGCUAUUUUAAUAAUGCAAAUUACAUAGAUACUACUGCAUUAAAAGAAUAUAUACGAAAACAAAUAGAAUAUUACUUUUCUGAAGAAAAUCUUGUAAAGGACUUUUUCCUACGUCGUAAAAUGAACGCUCAAGGAUAUUUACCUCUCACUUUAAUCGCAUCUUUUCAACGUGUACAAAAUUUAACGGUGGAUAUAGAUUUGGUGAUAGAAGCAGUCUUGGAAUCCGAUAGACUGGAGCUGUUAGAAUUAGAAGAUGGAUAUAAGAUUAGGACAAGAUUCGAUCCGUUAAAAUGGCCUCUUUUGGACAUAGCUAGUAAUAUCGCCUUUUCAGAUCAUACACAACAGUCUAACCCAUCUCAGUCCGAAAUAAUUCCUACCUCUGAAACUACAUUUUGUCCUAUUGCAAAGCCUUUAUCUACAAUGCCUGCUCCCCCAGUUCCUCGUGUGUUUGAAUCUUACCAUUCCAUUUCAACAGUAAGAUAUGAUGAACCAGAGAUAAAUUCUUCUACAAUAAAUGAGAUUCUAAAUCCUGAUGUGCCAGAGUUUGUGCCGACAACGGAAAGAAUCAAUGGAUUUACCGCUACGAAACAGCAAUCAAACAAAGAUAACAGUAAUCAAAUAAAGACAACAAACAAAUUUCACUUUGAAAAGAUAAAAGAAACAAUGGAGAUUGCAGAAAAGUAUCUUCUCUCUUUUAAUAAUAGUUCUCUCACGAAUGUAAGAAGAGACAAUGAAUUACCAGCCACAGUAGAUGCUCCUACUUCGGACAGCUUAUCAGAACGAAUCAAUGGAGAAUCGGAUUCAUCAAGCGACAAUACUUGGAAGGAGGUGAGAAGAAGAGUGAAACAUCUACAUAAAGACAAAACAGAAGAGAGACAUUCACACAAGGACAGAACAGAAGAGAAAGAGAAAUCUGAAAUGAAAAAUGCAAUACGAGAAGAACUGGAUUUUCAAUUUGACGAGGAACUGGAUUCACCGCCACCGACUGGUCGACAUAAUGCCUUUUCAGAAUGGUCUGAAGAUGACGAUGAUAAUGAAUUAUCGGAUAGAGAUAUUAAUAAAAUAUUGAUAUUUACUCAAAUCAGUCCUGCAUCAUCCAGAAUCCCAAAGCAUGAGGGCUAUGAUAGAACAGGAGAAUGGACUACAAGAGUAAAAAUGACUCAAGAAUUAGAACAGUUUAUCAACGACGGAUUACAUUAUUAUGAGGAACAAUUGUGGAGACAAAAUUUUCAAAGACAUGGCUCUUCUUCAUCCAUUGGAAGUUACAAAACGGUUAAUAUGAUUAGUCAGGAAGAUUUCGAAAAAAUGGCGCCAAAAGCUCCAAGAAAAGCAAAUCCGGAAGUCCCACCACCACCACCUCCUUCUAUGGAAGAUUUAGAAGUUUCGGUUUCAUCACAGCUUCCAAGCACAAGUCCAGAUAAAAAAGAUCACAGACAGGAAAGGAAUCGUUGGAGUGAUAAACUUUGUCCAAGAGAAGGUCGAAGAAAUACCACGCCACGUUUCUUUGCUGUUGUGAAAGAUGGACCGUCUGUUGAUCCGAGAACGCCACGAAAAAGGAAGACUCGUCACAGCAAUAAUCCUCCAGUGGAACAUCAUAUUGGCUGGGUUAUGGACGUUCGAGAACAUCAUCCUCGAACAUAUUCCACAGGAAGUAGCGCAGGCACAAGUCCUAAUGAAGGUUAUCUUGCUAAUAGUUAUGGAAGUGUUCCCAGUAUCUGUGAGCAUCCGAGUCAUGCUUUGUUGAAAGAUAAUGGAUUUACUCAACAAGCAUAUCACAAAUAUCAUUCGCGUUGUUUGAAAGAACGCAAACGAUUAGGUAUCGGACAAUCUCAAGAAAUGAACACACUUUUCCGUUUCUGGUCGUUUUUCUUACGAGAAAACUUUAAUCGUACCAUGUACGAGGAAUUCAGAACUAUAGCCAAAGAAGAUGCCUGCGAAGGAUACCGAUACGGACUAGAGUGCCUUUUCAGAUUUUACAGUUACGGCUUGGAAAAGAAGUUUAGACAUACAUUAUAUACAGAUUUUGAAAUGGAAACGAUUCAAGAUUAUGAAAGCGGACAGCUGUAUGGAUUGGAAAAAUUUUGGGCAUUUUUGAAAUAUUAUAAAAACUCUGAUCAGCUUCAUGUAGAUCCUCAAUUGCAAGAGUACCUAUCAAAAUUCAAGAACAUCGAAGAUUUUAGAGUGGUAGAACCUCAAAUACAUGAGAUGCUCCAAGCUGCAAGAAUACGUAAUAGAACUGUUUCUGAAAGCGCUAGGGAAGAUUCACUGACAAGCGAACACCUACUUUCAGAUGACUAUAACACACUGCCAAACGCGCAAGAGUCGCAUUUAUCGCAGUUUCGAAAUAGGGCUGGUUCUUUUGGCUCUAGACUGUAUCAUUUUCGACGACGGAAUGAUUCCGCAUCAUCAAAUAGCCAGCGAAAUAGACAGAGUUCUGGUUUCUCUACGAAACCUUUCGAAGCGAGUAAAUCAUAAGUCACUGCCAGAGAACGAACUCAAGCCAGUUCCAAUUCCGAAGCGAGCAAAUCCGUCACGAUUAAGACAGAGGGCUCGUCUACCUCCUAAACAUGAAAAUGGUGCAGCGAUAAGAAAAAAAUACGUGAAUUUUGAAUAAAUCUGUGAAUUGACAGAAAUGAUCGAAUCGCCCUCUAGAUGAAGUGGCGAUAGUAUUUUCGGUAAUAUACAUUAUUGAGAAUUAAUAUCAUAAAAUGAAAAAUGGAAAUUGCGUCUCUAAUCCUAUUGUGUGAUUUUAGAGAUUAUUAUUAUUGGAAUGUGAAGUAAAUUCUUGAUAAUAGAUUUAGAACCGUGAUUUAGCGUUUAAGAUUAUAUUUACCGAUAUUUAAACCCCUUGGCGUGGUAGUGCAUUGCGAAAGAUAUUUUCACUCGCUUUUCAUAUUAUUUGCGAUAUUUAACUACGUUACAAAAUAGAACCGAAGCCAGAAGAAUGAUGAGAAUGCGUGUGUGUACAUGGAGCAAUAUAACGAUGGAAAUGUAUAUAUCCUAAUACUUUCAGUUACACUUUUAUUUCAUAUUUUGAUGCAAGUAUAGUGACAACACCUCGAGCAGGCGAACAUUAUCUGUGCAGAAACGUCCUGUAAGAUAUUGUUUGUUUAAACGAGUGUUUGAUGUAUGCAAAAAGAUAAAGUGCUACUUUUAUCUAAAAGACAGCAUAAAGACUAAAUAUAUAUAUAUAUAUAAAAUAACAGAUAAAUGCCUAAAUAUUACUUUUGAUUAAUCUGUUAUACAU